AUGAGGUCCACCAGCUUUUUGGCCCUUACAGUGUUUCUUGUUUUUGUGACCCUGGUGGCUGGGAAAAGAACCAAAGAAGAAAAUCCAGUCAAAGGUUACAGCCUAGUCCAAGACUCAGUCAAAGGAAGAAUCAAAGGCAGAGGUCAAGUUCAACAUCUAAUCCAAGUCCAAGGUCAAGCCAAAAGAAAAGCCAAAGGCAAACACCAAGUUCCAGCGAAGGCCAAUAAGCGUGGUGCCUGCCCCACGAUUCUGACCCAUUGCACUGUACUGAAUCCCCCUAACCUCUGUCAUAGCGACACUGAGUGCCCAGGAGCCAAAAAGUGCUGUGCAGGCCACUGUGGGAUGACCUGUCUGGAGCCCCAGUGA